UUGUGAUCGUAUUUACUUCAACCUCCUCCUCUUUGCUGCAACAUUGCAAGCUCCUGAUGUGUUGAUUACAACACAUCAUCAUCCAACCCUGGUUGGAUGAUAGCUCUAGGCCCCUGAAAACUGUAAUAACUUUGAGUACAUUUUAUAAAUAUAAAUGAUGAGAGCAAACUUUUCCUAGUAAAGGCAUUUGGUAAGAGAGAUGGACACAGGAAUUCACCAUGUACCUGCAGUGCCUGAAGAAAUGUGAAGGUUGAGCUUGCGACAUUUCUUCUGGUUAGGGAGAAGGCAGUCAAGGAGCAAGAUGCCACAAGAAAAGUAUAGGAAGAAGUCAAUGAACAAGAAAAAAACUUUUCGUAACUUUCCAAGAUUAAGGAAAUCAAGUGAAGUCAAUACUAGAAUUAAACAAGAGAGAGAAUUUAUAGCAUGGUGCAAUUAAAAGAAAAUAUGGAGCUAAAAGAAGGUAUGACAUGACAUCGGCAAGAAUUCUUCCAGAGGAAACUGAGAAAAGUCAUAAUUUAUACACAGCCUUAGAAUUACUGAGACAAGGAAUGGAAAUUAAUGGAAUAAGCAGUGAUUCAAUUACUACAACAUUUAAAAGAGAUUCAUCAGGGUUGAACAUAGCUGUUCUAACUCCAAAUGAACUUAAUCAAAGAACAUUUUCAAAACCACUGUUUUUCAAGGAUUCAGGUUUUGAUCUUGAGGAUGAGAAAAAUAGUGGCAGUAACAAGGGUGAUAAUGAUAAGGAAUAUUCAACUGACAACCCUUUGGGUGGAAUGUCAGUGAAAUCACUUAUCAGCAAGACAUCAGUGGUUAAGGAUAUUGGUGCUGAUGAGAUGCCCCUUAAAAAAUAUAGGAAGGAAUCAUUGCUCAAGAAAAAUGUUUUCUGUGACUUACGAAGAUUAUGGAACAGAAUUGAAUUCAAGGCUCAAAUUAGAAAAAAAAGAGACCAUAUGAGUAAUACAAAUAAAAGAAAAUGUGGAACUCGGACAAAGUAUGAUAUGACAUUAUCAGAAAACCUUCCAGAAGAAACUAUUAAAGAUCAUGAGGAAAACACAGGCAAAAAAUUAUUGAGAGGCGUUAGAAAGGAAAUUAAUAAAUCAAGCGAUGCUUCCAUAACUGAGACAUUUAAAGCCAACCCAUCAGGGUUAAAGAAAAUUAUUCCAGCACAGAGUGUUCUUCCUCAUAAGCCUGUCUUUGUCAAUGUCUUAUGUCUGGAUCCAAAGAAUGAGAAUGGUACCAGAGUUAAUGAUGAUGAAUUAUCAGCUGAUGAUCCCUUGGUAGGAGUGUCAGGGAAGACACUUUUUAGCAACACAUCAUCGAUUAAUGAAGCUGCUGAUUUCUCUGGUUUUGAAGAUGAUAGUCCUGACAUUCCUGACCUUCUAACAAAGAUUCUCCGAGGAAGGUAUAGGAAGAAAUUGGUCAACAAACAAGCUAUUCGUAACUCACCGAGAUUAAGGAAACUGGGUGAAUUCACUGCUCACAUUAAACGAAAGAGUGAAUUUAUAAGUGAUACAAAUAAAAGAAAAUAUGAAACUGAGAAAGUUAUUAAACGUCAUGAGAGAAACACUGGGAAAAAAUUAUUUAGAAGGGCUCAGAAUAAAAUUCAUAAAUCAGGGGAUGCUUCCAUAAGUAAGACAUUCACAACCAGCCCAUCAUAUCUGAAUAAAAUGAUUUCAGAAGAGAGCAUAGUGCCUCUUAAGCCUGUCUUUGUCAGUGUCUUAUGUCUAGAUUCCAAGAACAAGAAUGGUAGUAACUAUAAUGAAGAUGAUGAUGAUGAAUUAUUAACUGAUGAUCCCUUGGGUGGAGUGUCAGGGAAGACACUCAUCAGCAAGACAUUAUUGAUGAAGGAUACUGCUGACUUCUCUGGUACUGAAGAGGGUAGUCAGGACAUUAUAGACCCUGAAGUGAAGAAGCCCAGAAAAAACUAUGGGAAGAAAUCAUUGGUUAAGAAAAAAGCUUUUCGUAACUUACCAAGAUUAAGGAAAUCGUUAGAAUUUGUUGCUGAAAUUAAGCAAAAGAAUGAUGCAAAUAAAAUAAAACAUGGAGCUAAAAGAAGGUAUGACAUGAUAUCGACAAGGAUUCUUCCAGAAAAAGCUAUUAAGGGUCAUAUGGCAAAUACAAGCCAAGAAUUACUGAGUGGAGUUGGAAUGGCAUUUAAAGAAACAUUUAGUUCGACUAUUACUAAGACGUUUACAACUAACUCGUCAGGGUCAACUAUAACCAUUUUUACACCAAAGGAAAUAGUACCUAAAACUCUGUUUUUUGACACUUUAAAUAUGGAUUCCAAGGUUAAGAAUGGUGGCAGCAAUAAUGAGGAUGAUAAUAAUGAAUUAUCAUCUGACAACCCCUUGGGUGGAAUGUCAAUGAAAACACUCAUCAAGAAGACACCAUUGACUAAGGAUACUGCAGAAUUCUCAGGUAUUGAAGAGGAAAGUGAACACAAUGUGAAGAUGCCACACAAAAAACGUAGAAAGAAAAAAUUGGUUAGGAAAAAAACGUUUUAUAACUUAAGAAGAUUAAGGAAAUCACAUGAAUUCAGUGCUCAAGUUAAACAAAAAAAUAAACUCAUAAGUGAUAGAAAUAAAAGAAAAUAUGGGACUGAAACAAGAAACCUUCCAGAGGAAACUGCUAAAGGUCAUAUGGAGAACACUGGCAAGAAAUUGUUGAGUAGAGUUGGAAAGGAAAUUAAUGAAUCAGGUGAUGCUUCCAUAACUACGACAUUUGCAAACAGCUCAUCAGGGUUGAAGGAAAUUCUUUCAACAGAGAGUAUACCUCCUCAUAAGCCUCUCUUCGUUGAUGUCUUAAGUCUGGGCUCAAAGAACGGGAAUGGUAGUAGCGAUAAUGAGGUUGAUAAUGAUGAUUUAUCUUCUGGUGACCCCUUGGGCGGAAUGUCAGUGAAAACCAUCUUCAGCAAGACUUCUUCAUUAACUGAGGAUAUUGCCGAAACCUCUGGUACUGAAGGGAAUAGUCAAGGCAUUCCAGACUGUGAAUCAAAGGUGCCUCCCAAGAGGAUUAGGGAUGUAUCAUUGGUCAAGAUGAAAGCUUACUCUAACUUACCAAUAUUAAGUAAAUCAAGUGAAUUUCAUGCUCAGAUUAAACCAGUGAGUGAAACUCCAAGUGAUGAAAGUGAUAGAAACCUUCCAGAGAAAAUUAAUGAGGGUGUUUGCCGCCAAGCUCAAGGUCAUCUGGCAAAUACAAGCCAAAAAUUACUGAGUGAAGUUGGAAUGGUUUUUAAAGAAACAUGGAGUCCUAACUUUACUAAGGCGCUUUCAACUAACUUGUCAGGGUCAACUAUAACCAUUUUAACUCCAAACAGAACAUCAUCUAAACCUCUCUUUUUUGAUACUUUUAAUAUGGAUUCCAAGGAUGAGAAUGGUAGCAGCAAUACUGAGGGUGUUAAUGAAUUAUCAUCUGACAACCCCCUGGGUGGAAUGUCCAUGAAAACACUCAUCAGGAAGACACCAUUGACUAAGGAUACUGCAGAAUUCUCAGGUACUGAAGAGGAUAGUAAAUACAAUGUGAAGAUGCCACACCAAAAACGUAGGAAGCAAAAAUUAGUUGUGAAAAAAACAUUUUAUAACUUACGAAGAUUAAGGAAAUCACGUGAAUUUGGUGCUCAAAUUAAACAAAAAAAUAAACUCAUAAGUGAUACAAAUAAAAAAAAAUAUGGAGUUGAAACAAGAAACCUUCCAGAGGAAACUGCUAAAGGUCAUAUGGAGAACACUGGCAAGAAAUUGUUGAGAAGAGUUGGAAAGGAAAUUAAUAAAUCAGGUGAUGCUUCCAUAACUACGACAUUUGCAAACAGCUCAUCAGAGUUGAAGGAAAUUGUUCCAGCAGAGAGUAUACUUCCUCAUAAGCCUCUCUUUGUUGAUGUCCUAAGUCUGGGCUCAAAGAAUGAGAAUGGUAGCAGUGAUAAUGAGGUUGAUGAUGAGGAUUUAUCUUCUGAUGAUCCUUUGGGUGGAAUGUCAGUGAAAACCAUCUUCAGCAAGACUGAUUCAUUAACUGACGAUAUUGCUGAAACCUCUGGUACUGAAGAGGAUAGUCAAGGCAUUUCACACCUUGAAACAAAGAUGCCCCUCAGGAGGAUUAGGGAUUUGUCAUUGGUCAAGAUGAAAGCUUAUCCUAACUUACCAAUAUUAAGUAAAUCAAGUGAAUUCAGUGCUCAGAUUAAACCAUUGAGUGAACUUACAAGUGAUGCAAGUGAAAGAAACCUUCCAGAGAAAAUUAAUGAUGGUGUCUGCCACCAAGCUCAGGAUCGUCUGGCAGAUACAAGCCAAGAACUACUGAGUGGAGUUGGAAUGGAAUUUAAAAAAACAUGGAGUCCUAACUUUACUAAGACAUAUACAACUAACUUGUCAGGGUCAACUAUAACUGUUCUAACACCAAGGGAAACAUCAUACAAACCUCUUUUUUUUGAUACUUUAAAUAUGGAUUCGAAGGAUGAGAAUGGUAGCAGCAAUAAUGUGGGUGAUAAUGAUGAAUUAUCAUCUAACAGUCCCUUGGGUGGAAUGUCAGUGAAAACACUCAUGAACAAGACACCACUGACUAAGGAUUCUGCAAAAUUCUCAGGCACUGAAGAAGAUAGUGAAGAUGAUGUCAAGGUAGAAGAUGAGGAACUAGUGCAGUGUUGUGAAGACGAUAUUGGAGGGAGUUGGAUGAGUCAAGUGAUUUUUCCAUAACCAGAAUUUUUCAUCUGGUAUAUCUUUGAUAAAGGAAAUUGCUUUGACACCCACUUUAAAAAAAAUGAGAGUUCUCUUUGAUGAUACACCAUAUUUGACUUUAAAGAAGAAGGAAGUUGGCAGCAAUAAAAAAAUGAGAUUGAUGAUUACCUGUUACUUGACAGCUUAACAGCUGGAAUGUUAGCAAGUACAGAUGCUCUUUGCUUUAUGAUGGUUUGAUUAAUGAUAUUUAGACUUUACAAUGGUGCAAUAGAGAUUCACAUUGAUUAGUCAUCCAACUUUAUUUAACCAAAUUUUCCCAAGCCCAUUAUAUCUGCUAAACGUCUAAGUGUGUCUCCCGCUUCUGGUAUUUAGUUAAUGCACUUCAUAUAUUUAUUUAUUUAUUUAUAUAUUCAUAUUCAACUUACAAUAUUUUCAACUUACGGUGUGUUCAUCGGAACAUAACUUUGUCGUAAGUUGAAGAACACCUGUAUGUAUCUGUCCAGUAAGACAUCUUAGAUGCUGCAAAUUAUGUAAACCAGAUUUUGAAAAGGGUAGUAUAAACAGUGUUAUUUUUUCAAAUGAAAUUGUAUUGCCUUUUAAUAUUAAUCAUGAAAUACUGUACUAGUUUUUGGAAAGUGCAGCAAAGUGUAGCACAAGUUGCUUCAACUUUCAUAUGCACUGAAAGUACAGUAUAUAUAACAAAUUAGGUUUAGGAAUUAGCUCACGGUGAAAUACUGAUAAUUGCAAUACAUGAGUUUUUUUUACCACUAUUUUCUUUAGCAUUGAGUGAUAAAUUAUUAUAUUGCCUUCCUGUAAUGGAGAUACUUUGAUGCUGGUGAAGGUCUUUUCAUGCAUCUAAGUGUAGCUAUGCUCCACUUCCUAAAAUCAACCUUGAUUACCUCCCAUGCCCCAGGCACUGUAUGAGCCCCAUAAGCUUAGCACUUCCUCAUAAUUAUGAUAAUAUUACAGUAUAUCAUCUCCAAAAACUUAAUUGCUUUGGUUUCGAUGUGUUUCUUCUUGUCGUGGUUAACUCAAGAAUAGUUGACUAGAUUAAUUCAAACUUUUGAUAUUAAUGUAUUUAUUAACUUGAUGCAGUAUGUGGUAUUCAUUUUCUUGGAAGAUGGAGUCCUAUUAUCACUACUUACAUGUAAUAACUUUUCUCCAGCAUCACUGGUCUUCAUUUCUAGAGUGAUUGAAAGUAUUGUAUGUAUUUUAUUUAUAAAUAAAAUAGAAAUUUUUAAUCA